AUGGCUGGCACCGCACCGCGGGUUGAGUACUUGGCGGACUUCGGCUGUCCGGCCGGGGGCCUGGCGGCAGGUUGGCCGCUCGUUCUGGGCCUCGGCUCGGAGGUCUUCCUGGCGACCGGGAGGGAGCUGGUCUAUACCUACGAUCGUGAGGCCGGACAGCCGAGCGCGGUGUACAAGCUCCCGGGGCAGGUGUGGCACCUGGAGCUGCUGGGCCCCCGCCGGGCACUGUGUGUCCUCUGCGCUGAGAGCGGCGUCUACUGCUUCCCACUGGACACGCCGAGCAGGUGAGCUCGCACUUCCCAGGCAGACGGUGACAAGGAAGACGACACGCUCCCUUCCGGCAUAAUCCCCAUUGGCCCAGAAACCUGCAUCCUCCCUGAUGUUGCUCUUUCUGCGUUUACCUUCUCCCACGACGUGCUGGUCACCAUCACGAAGGGCUCAGCCACAUGGAAGAUGCAGCUGUUUGAGCAGCCCUGUGCAGGGCCCGACCCCAGGCCCGGAGCCCAGAUAGGCGAGGUGGUGUUCCCUGCCGGCGCCCCGCCAGCUAAGGGCCCUGGGCAGUCGUCACCAGGCCCCCACUUCCGCCCAGUGCUCUGCUGUGUGUCUCUGCCCGACUCCAGAGACCCUCACAGCCACCUUCUGGGCCCCAGGGGCUUCACGCUGCAGGGGGCCCUCUUUGGUCUGCUUUUUGGAGCUGAUGCCACCCUCCUGGAGUCACCUGGAGUCCUCUGUGGCUUCCCCGAUGGUCAGCUCUGCUGUGUGGCUCUCAAGACCCUGGUCACCUCACGGACAUUCCCAGGGGACCCAAGCGCCCUGGUCAGGAUCCUUCACCAUCUGGAAGAGUCCGUUGUCUUCAUAGGGGCCUUGAGGACAGAGCCGCGAGCCCAGAAGGGUGAGGAGGAGCCUGCCGACUGCCUGGUAGUCCUUGGUUACCACGGCCGGACACUGUCCAUCAGGGCCAGCCGGGAUGAGACAGGGAAUCUGGUGCCGGAGCUGCGGGAGUACUGCAUCCCGGGACCUGUGCUGUGUGCUGCCUGUGGCAGAGAUGGGCUCAUUUACCACAGCACCCCCUCCGGUCUCUUUGUGGUGAACAUGGCCCAGGGCGUGGCCCCUGAGGACUCCAGGCAGCCUGGCUUGCCCCCACUGCUGUGUCCCAUCAGCCUGAGUAUCUGCAGUGCCGUGGCGCUCUCAGCAUCAUCUGGGACGUCUGAAGAGAACACUGAGACUGAGCUCCUGGCCCUGUCCACCAGAGGCCGUUUGAUGGCCUGCCACGUGACCUUAGAGACCACAGAAGUCUGUCUUGCCAGGAAGCCAGCUCAUCAGACUGGGAGGAAGAUUACAGAGCUACUCUCGGGCAUCAGCAGCGUCUCCGAGAGGGUGUUCUUUCUGAAGAAGGCAGUUGACCAGAGGAACCAGGCCCUGACACGCCUCCAUGAGGCGCUGGAGGUGAGCUGCGCCCUGCUGUCCCGUCAGGGUGGCCCCAAGCCUGUCGUGUGUAGCACCACCACCACCUGGAGCCGCCGGGGCCUGCGUGAAGAGCUGACAGCCACCUGCCGGCUAGAGAACCGCGGCCCAGGCAGCCUUGGCCCCGGCUGGACCUGGUGCAUCCAGGUCCUGCCCAGUGCCUGCGCCUUUGAGCUGGACACGCCUGGCACUGCCACCACAUACACAGUCCCUGUGCAGCAGCUGGCCCCCGGCUCCGAGCGCGAAGUGACGUUGGCCCUGAGCACCAGUGAGGACGGCGUCCCUGACCUACCUGUGACCGUCUCCUGCGCACUCUUCUACAGCCUCCGGGAGGUCGUGGGGGGGGCCCUUGCCCCCUCGGGCUCUGAGAAGGACUCUCUCUGUGAGACGUGGCCCCCGGACCUGCUGCCCGAGCAGGACGGCAUCUGCCUGCCCCUGGGCGUAAGCACCGUGCACCUGCUGCAGAGUCUCCGCUUCCCCAGCCUGGCUGCUCCCGGCACACAGGCUGCCCGCCCUCCCUCACCCCCCACAGACCCCGUGGACACCUUCCUGAGGGCCUCCUGCCAGCCAGGCCGUGAGCCAGUGGGACUCGCCGCCCUGCGGGCCAUGUACCUGCCCCCAUCCGUGGCCUCUGUCCGUGUGUCGGCAGAGCUGCUGAGGACCACGCUGGAGAACACCCGUGCAGGUGUGUCCCUGUGCUGUGCCACCCUACAGUGGCUGCUGGCUGAGAAUGCUGCCGUGGACCUUGUGAGGGCCCGAUCGCUGUCAUCUGUGCAAGGCGUGUCCCCUGGUGGAGCUGAUGUCCACCUCACUGUGCAGGAGGUGACUGUGACGGACCUGGACCCCGAAGGCCCCCUCCAGGCCAUAGAGAUCCAGGUGGAGAGUCCCUCACUGGCUGAUGUGUGCCGGGCGCACCAUGCCAUCAUCGGCCGGAUCCAGGCAAUGAUGGUGGAACAGACUGCCCAGGGCUCCAGCCUACCAAACAUCCGCUUACAGCAUCUGCGCCAGAUCCACGCCAACCAUGAGGCACUGUUGAGGGAGGUGCAGGCACUGCGGGACCGUCUGUCCACGGAAGACGAGGUCAACUCCUGCGCUGCCGCUGAGCGGCUCCUGCAGAUCUACCAGCAGCUCCGAAGCCCCAGCCUCGUCCUACUGUGA